GCCAUAGGUACCUAUAGCCACUCUGGAAAAAGUAAAUGUAGAGAACCUAAAAGGCAAAAUCAAAUGAGUGACUCAAUGAUUUGAGAUUUGAAACUGGUAAAGUUAGUGUUAGUGACAGUGACAACCACUUGAACCCUCAUCAUCAUCCGCAAGUCUAUUCACUAUACUCUACCUCUACUACUAUCACUAUGGCUGAGCCCAGUACUUGAAUUUUUUGUAUUACUGAAGUCGAGCCUUUCGGCUAAAAAUACUAAAAUUAAGGACGGAUGCCACGGCGUCUUUUGUGUGUUUAUUAUAGUUGCAGUGAAUUACUAUUGAAUUAGGGUUUAGGUUAGGUUGAGGGAUCGAUUUAGGGUUCAGGUUAGGCAUAGUAUAGGGAUCGAUUUAGGGUUCAGGUUAGGCAUAGGGAUCAAUUUAGGGUUCAGGUUGGGCAUAGGGAUCAAUUUAAGGAUAGGCCUACAUUCCUGAAAUUGGAUAAAAUAGUGGCAUUCGUCCUUAAAAUUUACCAUGAUUUAUAUAACUAUAACACAAAAAACUUUUUUUUUUACCCACCCCUACCCUAUAAAGUAAUUAUAAAUCAUAAUUUUAAUAUAAAACAUUUCUCCCAGUAUUAUAUAAAAUUUCUAGAACUCCCCCAUUAAUUUGGUUGUCAGAAACUCAUUCAGUCAGAUAAUUUAGACUGGUAAUAAUUCAUAAAAUGGUAGGCCUAAAGAUAAUCUAAUGCUAUGAAUUAUGAUAAUCUAAUAGACAUGAACAUGUCAAUGUCACUGGUUUAGUUAGUGUGGCUGGUCUGUUCCAUCUUCCUUUCUACUCUCUCUAUUCUUUCUAUCUAUGACUGAUACAUAUCCAUUAUGUGUUACUGUUAGCUGUAGAAUAAUUAUUAUAAAGGCCCUAACUGUUAUAUUAUAUAUAAUAAUAUAGUAGGCUCAUCAUAGGCUUACGAUAAUUUAAAAUAUAAAGCAUUGAACCGGGACCUAUGGGAUUGGAGUGAAUGAUAAUGGGAGUAAGUAUCACCAGUGCAGUGGUGUAGUUAAAAGUAAAAGGGUGCCCCGGGCGUAAGUUUUAUUAAUGUUUAUUAUCAACAUUAUAUAAUAGAUGUGUGUAUGUUUUGGGAUAAAUCUUUGGAGUUGGCCCUCAGCUGCAUUCAGACUUCAUUUAGUUAAGGUACGCUACUAACUGAGUUUUCAAAUGCAGUCUGAAUAUCAAAUUAGAUGUUGACAGACUUUGCAAGUAGAAUUUUAAUUUUAGUCAGGGGUUUUCCAUAUAUGACAUUGUUACGCACUGGCUUCUCUUGUGGGAAAUUAAUAUCCUAUUUUAAUUUUUUUGGCUCGUUGUAAACAGUGCCUAACAAAGGACGAUACCAUAGAGUCAACAAUAGUAAAGAUACGACACCCAAAACAGUUGCUAGUUACAAUUAAUAAGAUUUAUUUAAGUCUUAAUAUAAUUACAAAAGAAAAGAAAAUAUAAUGACAAUCAUCAACUUACAGUAUGGUAGAUCUUGUACCGGUACAUAGUUAACACAGUUAGUACAAUGUGCCAAAUGAAUAUUGAUGAAUGAAGAAUGCAAAUAAACACAUAUGAAUACACAAAGAAUAAUACACCUCUCGUGAAGCUAAAACUAUCUGAAUCUCCGUCUCUCCAUAUCUGUCACUCCCUUUUAUACAUGUAGCGUAAGACGCUUCCAGAAAAGACUUAUGACGUGUUGUUUACAUUUCUCGGGUUAUCGAGAACAUUCGACAAGAUGCUAGGAGACAGUCUAACCAUGUUUAAUUGGUAAACAUGGUUGUAAACAAAAUACAUCAAAGAGAUUUAACCACGCCCACAACAAACGUUACCGUCUGCUAGUAGUCUAAUGUGGGGUCAAAGAAAGUUCACGCACGCGCAAUGUGUGCUACAUAACAGACAUCCUGCUAUUUUUAUUUCGUUACAAAUCUUUAGACACUUUUAUCUCACACUGUCACAGUCACAAAUAAGUGGAAACUCUUUGAUGCGUAAUUUUGUGGAAUUCGAUACCAAGUUCUGAUGAUGUCUAAUUAUAUAGGCCUAUUUCUUUUUAAACAAUUUUUUAAAGUUUGUUUGAUAGUUGGGGUCUAAUCAUCUCAGUUUCAAAUAUUAUCCAAAUUUAAAUAGUUAGAGCAAUAUUGUUGAGCUAGAUAGGCCCUAUAAUAUAAACAAAAUUGCUAGGCUAGUAUUAGUAGGCUUAUAGUUAAAUUAGUAGACUGAGUUAGUAGAGUUCAAGAAAUUAUUUUGAAAAAUCUUACCAGUAUAUCCAUUAUAUAAGAAUGACUUGACAGCUAUCAAUAUUUGAUUUUUAAAUUUUUCCUUCGAAACAGAUUGAAUAACAAAAUUGUGGAAGCUAUAGUUAUAAUGAAGACAAAACUAUACCUAGAAGGCUUGCUUUCUGGUGAUGGGACCCUUCUUCACUGUUCACUUUCGUCUAGCACCAUUAUAUUUAUGCUUCGAUAUUGUCAGACAAAUAAUUUUGAACUUAUUUUUAUUUCUGAAAAUCGUGUGAGAAAUUGUUGCUCAUUGAACUUAAAGGUAAGCACUUGUUAAUCAUUUAAUGUUAGAUGUUAACAAGUAACCAUUUUAUUACAGUAUUCUUUUAUAUUGAAAUAAUUUUGUUGACUAUUUAGUUUGUGCAGAUAUAAUUUAAUAUAUGCUUGUUUAAGGUUAAAUUAAGAUCUUUUCUUGCAUUUGCAUAUGUUUAGAGAUUAGAGGUCUCCUACAAAUUCAUUAGAACAAAAGAUUAUAAUGAAUUAAUUAUGUUAAAUUUGAAGAAAUCUCUUGCUUUUAAAAAAGUCUUAAUUAAAUAUCCUUGUGGAUUGGGGAUGAGAACAGCACAUCUUUAUUCCCAUUUGGAUGUGUGUCAUGUACUUGGAUACUAAUAUUGACAUUGUGUUAGAUAUGAUUUUGUUUAUUUCACAGCUUCUUGAAGAUCUCGAUGUUAUCUUUUCAUCAUUGUCAGAAGUGCCUAGCCUUGUCAGAAAUGUACUCAUGCCUGCCAUAUAUCAGCCAGAGUUGUCUCUCAUUCGCUCUGGCUUAUGCGUUUUACUUCGUCACAUCAUUAAAUUUUCAGACACUGCUUCUCCUCAUUUACACUUGAUUGAUCUCUUGGUAAGUAAUCUCAUACUUGUAAGCAGAUUAACUAUUAUCUAAAUGAACAUGGAAUAAUAUUAACGAGUAAUUUCUUCUACAAUAAUAUAUUUUGAUUAGAUUUAUAUAGUAUUAAAUUUUACCAUAAACUAUUUUUUAGGGUUUUCGAGAAGGCAGCAUGAAGAUGUGUUCAGAGGUAAGUGUUUACCGGAAGAACUUUUUGUGUUUCAUUUUUAGAAUUUAAAUUUAACAUUGAUUUGAUAUGACGUUAGUUCUCAUUUUUCAAAAAAAAAUAUUUCUUUCUAUAAAAAUAACUAAUUAUAAUUUCCGUAACAAAUGUUCAUAUUCAAACAUGAAUUAAAGAAGCAUUUUAACAUUUUUCUUACCAAGUUUAUUUAAAGUUCUCUAACUCUAAAAAUACUCUGACUGAAAUUUAGCUUAAACAAAUUACAUGGUUGCAUAAUUUAUUUCAAUUAUAAGACAUAACAAUUUAUUUAAAUGCAAAAUUCUACAGAAAUUUUUUUUUUUUUGGAAGACUAUUGAAAAAAUAACAGCUAAUGAUAAAGACUACCUUUCAUUUGUGAAACUUAUCUCAUUUUAUUAGAUUUCUGGAUGGACCAAGUUAUGCGAGGUGGAACUCUUAGAAUCAAUUGCUGAAUUGAUUGAGAAUCUGCAGUGAGCCACUAUUGAAUUUCUCUUACUAUUUUUAUUUUUCUGUGUGCAGCUUGCUAUCUCCCGUUUAAAAAAAUUAUUUUAAAGAAAUUUAUUAAGUUGCAAUGAUAUUAUUAAUUUUAUUGAUUAGUAGGCUAAUGAAUUAUAAUCAUUAGAAGAUAAAUUAAUUUUCUUGUCAUAUGAAAUAACUGUAUGAGUAAAAAUUACUUGACGAUUACUAAUAUGUAACCAAGCUGUUAUGAAAGGCUUUACCAUCACUGCUUAAAACUACAUUUAUAAUAAUGGCAAUGGCCAUGCAAUGAAGAGGUUUAUUUUUGCUCAGCUUCUUACAAUAUCUUUUUCUUUUAGGGUAAAUAAAUCGGUUAAAAAAGUAUUCACUGUUCCAUCUGAUCUUAUUAAGCUAGAAUAUCACUUCCUCAAGAAAUGUAGAGUGCAUAAUGAUGAUAAAAUGCGUCGAACUGAAUUGAUAAGGCUCAAAACUAGUUUCUCAAAUUAUUUUGAAGGUGGCACAUUGGUGAAUAGAGAUAACGAUAAAUUAAAUAGGGCAAACAGCGUAACAGAUCAAACAAAUGGAAUAACACUGAAUCCCCUUCAGAGCACCAAUGGUGGUUACAGUCAUCAACCUGACUCUCAUGCUCAACACUUUACUACAUCACCAAGAAUAAGCUUUGAGAAGAUCUUAGUUGAAAAUUCACGACUGCUUGUAGAGCAGAUCGUUCAUAUGCAUCAUGGUGUGCGUAAAGUUAAAGUUGACAAAAUUAUUGACAAGGACAAAAAUCUCAAGGAUGGCAACAGUAUUAAAGAAACAGAAGGAGCAUUAAAGUCAUUUUCAUCCAUUGAGGACACACUGUUUAAUAAAGAGACUGGUAAAGCUACAGAAAUGGAUAUCUCAGAGUUGAUACAACAGCUUCACGUCAAGGAUAUCCAGUAUGUCCAUACAUAUUCCGAGGGAAUAGAGAUGACAGUUGCUGAUCUCAUCCUGAUUGUUUAUCUCUACCAUCUUCUGGUAAGUCUAGAUUUGAUUUCACUUGACAUAAUGCCAAGUCUAUUUUCCUCCAUGUAAAUAUAGUCAUUGUAAUUAAUAUUCAUCCCAGAAAAUAUUUAUAAACUAUCAGAACACAAUUAACUUGAGCAUUGUUUUUUUUCCUAUUAUUCCAGGAAACUCUAGAUUUUAAUUAUGUGACUCUAAACGGGCAUAUUCCCAGCAUUAUGCAGUGGGCGUGCCACAUGGCAUCAUUAACCACUGUAGCAGACGCGGGUCAUAAGAUGGGAUGGAGAAUGAGAAGUUUGGCCACCUUGUUUACGACAGUCAGGUCCUCAUCUGCAUGCAUCAGUUCAGAUGGCCAUCACAUGGAUGUGACAUUUGUCAAGGGAGUAGAGCCUGCAGCCGGUGAUGAUGAUGAUGAUGAAAUGGAGCUGAGGUUGGUUUUAUUUAUUAUUAACCAUUUCAUCAUCUGUCACUUUCUGACUCAGACUGUUGUUGAUCUUUCACCAGUUUCAAACAUAUAAUCUACUUUUCUUCUGAUAAGAUUUAAAAAAAAAAAAAUCUGGGUAGAGCCGUUGCAGUUGAAUAGACUUAGUAUUUUGGGGGAAAAAGUAUUUGACAUGUAACAAUAAUUUAAACAAAAACUCUUAGUUUAACAAGAUCCAUUGGUGAGUACAUGAAUGUAUGUUUUUUUUUUAAAUUUGUAAUGACAUGUACACAUUGUCAUGGCUUUGGACUUAAUUGCAGUCGAUGUGCUAAAAUGAAACACAAAGCAGUCAAGCCAGAAGUCAUCCAGGCUGUCAAAAAGCUGGAGGUAUUUUUGAUGUUAUAAGCAAUAUAUAAUUUAAUGUUAGUCAGAGGCAUGGUUAGAGCGUGUGAUGUUGGCACCACCAAUAACACUGGUAGCCUUCUAGGCCUAUAAGCUUGCUCACAAAACUGAUAUGAUAAAAUUGUGUUUUACAUUUUAUUUCUGCAAUUUUUUUUUUGCAAUUGUUUAUCCAUGAUCCAGUUUGUGACAAACCAUUAUGAAUUCUUUGCCCUUCUUCCCAACAGAAUGCAAAUGUCCAAGCAGUUAAAGGAGAACAUCCAUGUGGCGAACAAGUUCAGAUAGACUGGUCAAGCCUGCCACCUGAUGUCCAUCCCAGAGAAGGUUAGUUGGAUAUUUAAAAAUCAAGCCCCUAAUCUUUAUGUCCCAUGUAAAAUAAUAUGAGUGACAAAUGUUUUUUUGUGUUUUUUUUUAUCUCCUUCUGUAGGUGAUGUUCCUGAGAAAAGAACAAAACGGAAGUGUCAGCAGAUAGAGAACUUGGUGACAGCUGUCCAGUCAGUAGCCAAGUCUGGAGAUGUACUUGUAGAUUUCUGUAGUGGCGGGGUGCGUUUUUUGUCUCUAUGUGUCUCCAGGAGAUGUUUUUAGUUUAAUUUCUCCUUUCGGGGGUCUUCUAUAUAUUAUAUACACAAUUAGAGGAGGAAGCAGUGUCAGAUUUUCUGACCACAUGCAUAUGGGGCUUAGUGAAAUGUUUUCUUACUAAAAAAUUAUAACAGUAAAAGAAUUAAAGACAAGACAUUGAACACACACAAAAUUCCCCUCAUUUUAAUUUUUAUCUUUUUAAAUAAAGAGUUAAUUUCAAUGAAAUUACAUUUAAACCUUUUCCUUUGGGGAAAUUACAUUUUGACCAUUUCAUUGGGGAAUGCAAUGUAAAUUUAGUUUGUACAGAAAAAAAAAGUUUGGAGAAAAAAAUGCAUUAAAAUAUUGAAAUAAAUAUGACUGAUCUCAAGUGAAAUUUUUUACACGAUAAAAAUAAUAGGUUAGAUCUAUAUUGCUUAUAAAAUUCUAAAAACCUUAAUGCUUCUCUUUCCUUCUUUUUUUUUUCCCUGCGGACAGGGUGUGGGAGCUGAUUUGUUUUUAAGAUUAGUAUGAUAAGGAUAUCCAACCAUCUUUGUCAUGCUACAAAGGGGAGGGACUAUGAAAAUGGAUCUUUUUGUUCAUGUCAUUUAUUAAUAUCCCCUGUCAUGAAAUAGGUAAUAUUAAUUAGUACAUAAAAAUUCAGAAAAUAGAGACUGUAAAUUUUAAUCUUAAAAGCUAAUAUUUCAGGGACACCUAGGAAUUGUGUUGGCCUACAUGUUGCCAGAUUGCCAAGUCUUUUUAGUGGAGAAUAAGGAGGAAUCUUUGCUUAAGUCCUGCAACAGACUUAAAUCUCUCAAUCUUAGGAAUGUCAUACUCUAUCAGGUACACAUUUAUCAGUUACCUUUUAGUUUGAGCAAAAAGCGGGGUUUUCAAUGAGACAAUGUAUCUUAAUUAUACAUCAGCUCUUUUGAAACUUGUGGAUAUCACUAUAUCUAAAUGAAAUAGGUUUCUUUUUUUAAAUUAGUCAAAGACAUGGAGAAAAGAGUGUGAAUGGAGUGGGAGGGAGCUCUGAAGGAAAUACAUUUUUAAUAGGCUGACUUUUGAUUAUUGCCACUCACUAACAUACCAUGAAAGAUACUUCAAUAUUUUUUACCUAUGUUGUAUUACACAGUGCAAUUUGGAUUAUUUCACCGGCCAGUUUGAUGUUGGAACCUGCCUUCAUGCUUGUGGGUCUGCAACUGACAUGAUCCUACAGUUGUGCCUUAAUUCUUUUGCUUCCUUUGUUAUCUGCCCUUGUUGCUAUGGCAGCAUUCAGAAAACUCAUUUGCUUUCCUACCCUAGAAGUCAAGUUUUUAUAAAGGCCAAUUUGACUUAUAAGGUAGACAAAUUUAUUUGAUCUAAUUUAGAAAGGUAUUUAUUGAAAUCAAUGAGAAACCUUUCAGUUUCUUUCCUUAUUAUGUUAAUUGUCUUGAAUUUUUUUGUUUAUUAGCAUCUAUGGUUAAUAUAUUUUUAUUUUAACAUUUGUGUAGGAAAAUAACUAUAAUUUUCACAGGGAGCAUACAUUCAAUUGCAUCUAUAUAAAAAAAAUUUUUUAAAAUGCUCACCACCUUUCUUAAAGAGUAUUGACCAAAUACAAAUUUAGAGCUUAAAUAUCGAUAGCAAUGUCAUUAAAUUGUAUGAAAAGUCUAACUAUUUUAAAGUGAAAGCUGAUUUAUAUUAGGUUGAAUAGAAUAAUCACAAGUAUACAUGAUAGUAACUCCAAGCUAGACAUAAAUAGAACAUUUUUGAAGUCCUGAAAUCUGUAGGAAAUUUUUAAAAAUUAUAUAUAUAUACUUCAAGAUAUACUAAAAGUGGCUUAAAAUUAGAAAAAAUAUCAAGAGUAAUAAAAAAAAAAAUUGAUAUAACUUUUGUCUUCUAAGGAGUUUUUAACCCUGGGGCAUGCUGCAGACCAAACAGAGCUAAACAUAGUCAUGGAAGACCAAGGUAAUCAAAUGUACCUCAAGUCAUCUGUCAAUAGCUUGCUAUCAGUUUAUCACAUUACCAAGAUGCAUUGUAUUUUUGGGUGUAAAAUUCAACCUAUUUCUGGGCUGGAGGAGUGACAAGUUCUCUUGUCUAUGAUCUAGGCUGAAUAAAAAAAAUUGUAUGUGAAAAAUGUGUAACUUCAUACCCAGGUUAUGGGAUUUGUGCUUAUGCAUUACAGUCGAAUCCGCUUAUCUCAACCUCGGUUAGCUCACCAACCCUGUUAUGUCGAUAUUUUUGAAGUGGGGCAGCCAAAUUCUCUCUUUGUCUUAGCAUUUUCUCCUCGGUUAUGUUGAUUCUUUUAUGUUGCUGAACCCUGAUAUCUUAAGCACAAAAGGUGGCCAACUUUGCCCCUUUACGUCGGUUAUCUCGAUCCCCUGACCGAUCAUCGGCUUAUGAACUCCGCAAGAAGAAAUACCAAACAACAAAUAAACAAGUUUUGCAUAGUUAAAAAAAAUUAUUUAUUUCUCAAAAUACAUGAGUGAAAGAAUCCCUAAGUUUAUGUUGUAAUGAUCGUCCUCCUUGUGUGCACAAAACAGACUAUAAUAACUUCAUUGUUACUCCCUUACAUAGACAAAGGAAACUAGAUCUCCAUAUGACCCCGUGACCUACUGCAUUGACCGGUCACGGGUUUAUGGUCUGUUUCCCGCAUCCAAAAAAUCUAUCGGUGCGCACCGCUUAGUGAAGUACCUAAUAUUAUAGACCUAUUUUAAAAAAAUAUAACUUACAUUUUUAUAACAUUCGUUAAUAGAAAGUAGGUCUAUUAAGUUGGGGCCUAAGCAAGCUGUCCUAAAACGAAGACUAAAAUGAGUGCUUCACAAAUAAAGUAUUUAUAAUAUUAAUAUGCUAAUCAUAUACAGGAUAGUCUAAUUAGUCAGUCUAAAUCUAAUAUAAAGUAACCUAGACCUAGUGUAGGCUUAAAACAUAUUAGGCCCUCUAUCCUAUUAAUUAUUAUUGAAUGAGGCAUAGCCUAAAAGGUAGGCUUUAUUUAGUGUAUUAGACUCAUUCUCAUUUAUUAAUGCACAUCAUGUACAUAAAGAAAUUUCAAUAUAUUGCCGUCAUACUGGUUCUUGUUUAUCUCGAUAAUCGGUAAUCUCGACGCUUGUUGGCUAAUCCCUAGGCCAUUGUCAAAACCGGGCUAUACUGAAUAAUUGGUAGUGUUUAAAAUUUUGACAUGAUUAUUUUAAAAACUUUUUAAGUGGUAAAGGAGCACCAAAUUUUUUUCCCCAAAUUAUGCAGGAGUUAUGUUCAUAAAUCUAUAAUUUUUGUGUGUGUAUUUCUUCAGGUCAUCAGUGCAUGAAUCUGGUGGACACAGACAGGGCUGAAUACGCUAAAGAAAUGAAUUACAAUGUCACAUUGUGUGCAUUACAUCCCCUGAGCUGCACACCAAAAAAUAACUUACUUGUUGGUACUAGGAAUGUACCAGUCCUGCAAAAAAAGUGAUGGUUUUUUAAAUUGUUUUUUCUUAAAUAGUUGACAAUGAUGGCUUUUGCAUGUGCUUGAUGUGAAAUUAAAUAAAGAUAUUUAAGUAUCAAGAACCUUCUUCUUUUAAACGUUAAUUGAAUUUUUCAUCGUAAUAAGUUUUAAAAUAUUUAAUCUUUUAACUAAUU